AUGCGCCGACCGAACGCACGCUCAAGAAACCCUAAUUCGGAUAAGGUCAAGGAUAUGGAUCCGAUUAAGCUUCACUUUCGACCGGCUCGACCCGGGUUUCGAUCCACCAAUGUUAAACGCUCAAACCCGAGAUCAAGAUUUUGUUUAAUUACUUCAAUCUCUGUGGGACUCGCGCUAUUUUGCUACAUUAUGCUCUUCGGGAACAAAAGUGAAAGAAACAAGAAAUAUGGAGUCGUGAUUGAUGGUGGGAGCACGGGGACUAGAAUCCAUGUCUUCAAGUACGAGGUUAGAAAUGGGAAUUUGGUGCUUGACUUCACCGAUAAAGGAUUGGUGUCGAUGAGGGUAAAUCCUGGGUUGUCAGCUCACUUGGAUGAUCCGGAUGGGGCGGGUCAUGCUAUUAGUGAGUUGGUGCAGUUUGCCAAAGGGAAUGUGCCGAGUGAUCAAUGGGGGAACACAGAGAUUCGGUUGAUGGCCACUGCUGGUAUGAGGUUGUUGGGGAAUGAGGAUCAAGAGAGGAUCUUGAAUGCGUGCAGGAGGGUUUUGAGGGCGUCCGGGUUCAAGUUUCAUGAUGAUUUGGCGACCGUCAUUCCAGGAUCUGACGAGGGCUUAUAUGCUUGGGUUGUGGCUAACUAUGCCCUUGGAACUCUUGGAGCCGAACCAGCACAGACCACUGGGAUUAUUGAGCUUGGUGGUGCUUCAGCUCAGGUUACAUUUAUCUCGGAUGAGCCGGUGCCUCCUGAGUUCUCUCGGAAAAUCAAAUUUGGGAAUUUUACGUACAACCUUUACAGUCACAGCUUGCUUCAAUAUGGCCAGAAUGUUGCAUUUGAGUUGUUGAAAGAAUCUCUCUUGUUGGGCGGCCAAGAAUUGGUUGCGGAAUCUCUCCAGAGGGAUCCUUGUACUCCUAGUGGAUAUGCUCAUAAUGAGGAUGCAUGGAAGCUUUCUCCUGCUUCCUUGGUUGAAAAGAAUAAAUAUUUAUCUACUUUGCUUCCAAGCGGUAAUUUCUCUGAGUGCAGAUCUGCAUCUUUAAAGCUGUUGCAAAAAGGCAAAGAUAAAUGUUCUUAUAAUACCUGCUACAUUGGUUCAACGUUUAUACCGAAGCUCCAAGGGAAGUUUCUGGCGACAGAAAAUUUUUUCCACACUUCUAAGUUCUUUCGGCUGGGUGAAAGAGCUUCUCUUUCUGAUCUGGUGGUUGCCGGGCAUGAAUUUUGUGGUGACGAUUGGUUGAAAUUGACACAAAAGUACAAAUCUCUAGAUGAAGAAGACCUACUUCGUUAUUGCUUCUCGUCAGCAUAUAUCGUGGCCUUGCUUCAUGAUAGUCUCGGAAUUGAUUUGGAUGACCAGAGAAUUGGAUAUGCUAACCAAGUUCACGAUAUCCCGCUCGACUGGGCAUUAGGAGCCUUUAUCCUGCAAAGUGCAGAAAAUUUGGAGAGAAGCCAUUCUGAUUGGACGGUCUCCAUAAUAGGCGGCAACUCUUCGAAAUUACCACUCGUCUUCGGAAUUUUCUUCCUUUUGAUCGAGGUGCUCGAGGGCGAGGCUUACGUCAUCGCUCGCCAGGGGAAGAUAAUACCCGGCUACAAGUUGAACCUCGUCCUCUCCUAA